CAAAAGGGAUUAUUUUCAACAUACGAGACAAACUUUUGUUUCACAGUAUAAAUUGAAAAAAAAGUUAAAUUUGUUGGCAUAUUUAUACAUAUCUAACUCAUAUUUAUCAAUAAUGAGUGGAAAUAUUGAAAGUGUUUUUGUUUGUUUAGCAUUUACUAUUUGUUUUAUCGGUUGCAUUAAAGAUGUGACAUCACUGGAAUGUUAUAGCUGCCAGUCAAAGAACACAGCCAACAGCUGCCAGGCUACCUCCUCGUGCGGACAAAACCAGGUGUGCAUGCUACGACGAACAGUGAACAACCAAACUCAGGAAAUACAUUACGAGUCGAAAUGCGAAGACAAAACUGAUUGUGAUUUGGAGCUUGAUCGAUACAAGGCAAUUUUGAGCGCAUUGGUUGGUAAGAAACGUGCUAUGAUGAAACAAAUCGUAGCAGGUGAUGUGUGUUUGAUACAAUGUUGUGACCAAGACCUUUGCAAUAACGGAUGCGUCAUGUCAUCGAAUCUAAGCUACACAAUGACGUCCAAUCCGUUUGCGACUACAAAGAUGAUUCCUGCAAACCAAGCCCCAACAAAUUCUCUUCAAAACAUGACAGCACUUACCCAGAGUUCAUCAGCUCUGACAUCCUUGAAUAUUAUUUUUCCAACAAAACCAUCAAAAGCAAUAUCAACAGAUGCGACUCCACCUAAAGUACCACGACUCCAUCUGUAACCGUAUCAACAACCGCUAGCAGUAGCAGCAGCAAUGUUAACAGUGUUUCCAGCGGUAAUACCGUCACAACUCCAUAUGUUCAGUCGUCACGUCAGCCCAGUGCUCCAGCAGUGUCGACAACGUCAUGGCCACGUACGACAACUCGACAGAGCACUACAACAAAAGUCAUCCAACACACAACAAUGUCUAACACCCCACAUCCACGCACAACAUCUCCUGCAGCAGUAAGCCAGAGUGUUUCAACAAAAGACACUCAAAGUACUAGAAUGACAGAGUCUGUCACCCCACUUACAUAUACAACAAAAAUAGACAAGAUCACAACGUCAAGUCCUAUAAAAGAGUGUCCAUAUGGAUUUGUGAAAUUCGACACUUCUUGUUACUUAUUUGGUAGACAUGAAAUGAGCUUCCACGACGCUCAUUUAUUCUGCGCCAAGCACAACUCGCAUUUAGUCCAUGUAGAUUCUUCAAGGGAGAACAAUUAUUUGAAAAACCAUUUUAAAACUAUGCAUAGAGGUCCAAUUCAAUAUUGGAUAGGUAUUACAGACGAAAUAACGGAGAACGUGUGGCAAUAUUACGAUUCCGGAAAAGUUGCAACAUUUUAUGACUGGUCCCCGGGAGAACCAGAUGGUACCCAGGCAUUUGACGGGAACGCUGUCGCAGACUGUGCCGUUUUCGAUCCAUAUUUAGACUUUCAAUGGAGAGAUGAGGACUGUUCACCGUAUCAAGUAUCUGAACCAGUCUGUGAAAUAAGUCAGUAGGAGUUGUUGUUGUAGCACAGAAAUGGACAUUUCAGACAUUAUACGGGUACUUGUUUGUAUUUACCCAUUUAUGUAAUUAUCUAUUGUAAUAAAGUUAGAUCUUACGAUGA